AUGGAAGAUAUGCAUACCUAUGCAUAUCUUCCAUUUGGUCCAGACAUCAUCACUGUAUCGCAUCAGUACCACACUACGAUAUCUCAAGAUCUGCAGAGCCCGCAACUCCCGACUAUGGUAGCAAUCAUCUGGAUACCAAUCAGCGUCGUCAUCGUCUUCCAGCUCUGA